UCUAGUAUAUCAGCGUCGACUCUGACGCACGGUGUUUUAAAAUGUUUUCCAAAAUGAUAAUUUUCUUUUUCAUCCCAUUUGUGGUCGCAGAUAAAAGUUUGACAAUCGUUUUAGACGUGUCGGCAUCGAUGAGAGAAGAAUUGCACUCAAUCCAAGACAGUGUAUACCAAAUAUUAAAAAGUAUAACUAACAAAAACAUAAACAACUAUAUUUUAGUUCCGUUUGCUGAUCCAAAUGUAGGUACAAUUAUAUCAUCAUCAACUUCCGAUGGCUUAGUAGACGCCUUGAGAACGUUGGAACUGAAAUGGGAGGGGAACUGCCCGGAAAUAACAGUUACUGCUAUCAAAAAAGCUCUUGAAGCGAGUAAACCAGAAUCGUAUAUCUACGUAUUUACUGAUGCCCAAGCGAAAGACUCAAAUUUGGUAGACAAUGUGAAAAGGUUAUGCAGAACACGACUAAGUCAGGUGUUUAUUUUUCUGAGUGGGACAUGUCCAGAAAGUGAGUUUACUGACGACGUUUAUUAUGAAAUAGUAAAAAGCUGCAACGGAUCCAUUUUUCACCUGAAUAGUCGAAGUUUUCAUCAAGCCUUUUUCUUCAUGAAAGAUUUGAGUAACGUGGACUGGACUGAAGUCAUCUCAUCUGAUUCAUUUGAACGUUCUAAAAACUUCACCGUCUCAAUAGAUGUGUAUACCGAGAACCUAAUAGCAGAAGUAUCGUGUCUGUCUCCACAGUUUGAAAUAUUAAAUGAUGCAAAAGUAAGACCAACGCUUCGAACAAUAAUGAGAACGCAUCAAAGUCUCGUCGUAAAUGUUCAACCACAAGUAGGAAACUAUAACAUCGAAAUAAACUGUGAUGGCAAAGCUACAGCAAUUUUAUAUAGACGAAAAACUAUAAAAUUCGAGUAUGGGUUCUCUCCGAAGCGACCUCGUUUUCUCAUGGAAACGUCAUCGAAGCCUUUACACAAUGCUGCUGCAAAUAUUUUAUUAAUAUUGCCAGAGCACUAUAAUGCAGAAAUAAUUUCGGUAAUAAUACAACGUAGCGAUCAAGAUACAAAAAUCAUAAAACAUGAGAAUAUUGACGAAGAUGGUCAAAAAUACGUAGCAGAGUAUACAUUCGCACCGGGAUUCACUUAUAACAUUCUAAUCUUUUGUAAAGAUAGAGAGACGGGAGUAAUUGUGACCGGACAAAGCGACACGAUCUCACCUCAAAAAUCUGUUUUCCCAAACAAACUGGUUUUUCCGUCAGCGGAAAAUACGAUGACUGGACCAAUUUUGAUAAAUUAUGGUAGUAAAUUUUAUCUUUCCUGUAAAGUAAUUGGCUACCCGGAACCGGAAAUUUGGUGGGAGGACGACCAUGGAGUUAAGUUAUCGUCAGAGCAAGCUCUUUUAGAAACACCAUUUGUAUACAUAAGUUAUCUGACCAUAGACAACGCAGCUAAAAACAGUACGGUUUACUGCAAAAGUAAAAAUUUGGGAGGCGAAAAUGAAUUGUUGCUGGAAUAUUAUGUAAAUAGAACAUACAGUUUUAAUGUUAUAAAAAAGCCGUCAGAUACAACAAUUACUUACGACAACGAGGGUAAAUUGUUCUGCGAAGUUGACGCGUAUCCGGAGGCGACAACGAAAUGGUACCAUAACAAUACAGUCGUUGAGAACUCCGAGAAUGUAGAAGUAAUUCCAGAUGAGCACAUGUUGAGGAUCAACAGGAUGAGCCUGGAUGACGCUGGUGAAUACAAGUGCGAGGUCUCCAACGAAGUGGAAUCUCGAACGUUCUCCGCAUCGGCGUAUAUUACGGGUCUAGAUUUGCCUCAAAUUGAAAUUGGAAACACAGAAGUAAUUCUGACGCCUGGAGACAAGACCGAGGUAACAUGCAGUGUCGUCAAAGGUACUCCUGUGCCUGAAGUAGUAUGGAAAUACAAAAAGAGUAUAAACAGCGAUUCCGGUGACUUGCCAAAAGGUGUCAGUCUAGAAUCUAAUACUAUCCAAAUUGAAUCUGCUACUGUAAAACACGGUGGUAUUUAUGUAUGUGAAGCGACGAACACACUGGGUAUAGAUACUACGGAGGUCACAGUUAAAGUGCAAUAUGCGCCUGUAAUAAAGAACGGCGAUGAAGUGAAGAUCGUGAGAAACGGUCAAGCGGUGGCGCUGGCUUGUGACGUAGACGCCGUCCCUUCGGCUGAGGUUCACUGGGACUUGUACCAGGAUGACGUCAUCAUCGCAUUCGAUGACCGACACCACACUGAUAAGGAUAACACACACCAUUUUAUUGCAUCUCCGUCGGACUCGGGAAUGUACCACUGCACCGCAGAGAACAGCAUGGGCAGUGCUGUUAGAACAGUCACUAUCAACGUCUACGUCAAACCAUUCAUUAACCCUCUCCCACCGCGCAUGAGAGUCAGAAGCGGACAGAGUACCACCAUUUCGUGCAACGUCAAGGGCAACCCCAUGCCGACCACGCAGAUCGAGUUUACCGACAAAAACCUCAGCAAAACCCUUCUGUUAAGGGACAAUAAUUCAACUGGAAAACUGGACUAUUUUAUAAAGAAAGUCACGAAGGAGAAUGAGGGUACUUACGAAUGUUUCUCGCAGAGUGUUGCUGGGAUCGACAGUGUCACUGUUUUUCUCAAAGUUGAUUAAUUAGAUAAAUGCUACACUACGAGUAAUACAAUAUUUAACAAUUAUUAAGUAUUAAGUAUCAAUUUUCUAUA